AUGUCGACCAUCAGCGCGCAGCAGAGCGACACGCUCAACCGCAUCUUUACCGCGCUAAAGAGCCGCGACGAUGCCACCCGGCAGGCCGCGGGCCGUGACCUGGGCUCCCACGUCAGCCUCGUCAUCUCUGAGCUCAAGGGAGACCACCUCUCGACGUUCUUCAACGACCUCCACCGCCGCAUCUUUGAGCUCACGCAUAGCCAGCAUGCCCACGAGAAGCUCGGAGGCAUCGUCGCAAUCGAGGGCCUGAUCGACCUCGAGAGCGAGGACAACAGCGCCCGCCUGUACCGCUUCUACCAGUACCUCAAGCCGAACCUGCCCUGCAACGAUGCCCAGGUCAUGAUCGCCGCCUCCAAGGCGCUCGGCCGCGUGUCGCACUUUGGAGGCCAGUCGCUCGGCGACCAGUUUAUCGAGUUCGAAGUGCUCCGGGCGCUCGACUUUCUCCAGGCCGGCGACCGCAACGAGUCCGGCCGGUACGCCGCCGUCCUGAUCAUCAAGGAGAUUGCCCGCAACGUGCCGCACCACUUCCACCUCUACGUGCCGCGGGUGCUCGACCGGAUCUGGAUCGCGCUGCGCGACACGCGCGUCAUUGUCCGCGAGGGCGCCGCCGAGGCCAUGGGCGCCUGCCUCGAGAUCAUCGCCUCGCGCGAAAAGCAGAUGGGCAGCCACUUUUUCGAGACCAUCUACGAGGAGGCCGAGCGCGGCCUCAAGAUGAACACGGUCGAGGCCAUCCACGGCAGCCUGCUCGCCGUCCAGCAGCUGCUCCAGUACUCCAAGACCUUCAUGCGCUCCCGCUUCCACCGCGCCUGCGAGCUCGUCUUCCGCCUGCACAAGCACCGCGACCCGCUCAUCAAGCGCACCAUCACCAACCUCGUGCCCGUGCUGGCCCGCUACGACCCGCAGUACUUUGCCGAAGAGCACCUCGGCGCCGUCAUGACGAUAUUGACCGAGCAGCUGCGCAAGGAAAAGGAGCGCUCGCCCAAGGAGUCGUCGCAGACGUUCGAGACGAUCGGCUUUGUGGCGGCGGCCAUGGGCAGCCGGAUGAAGCCCUACAUCGAGCCCAUCCUCGCGUGCAUCAAGGAAGGGCUCCAGAUGCGCGGCAAGAAGAACGCGCCGCCCGAGUCGCCCAUCUUCCUGUGCAUCGGCAAUCUCGCCACCGCCGUCGGCCCGCACCUGACAAAGUACAUGCACGACCUGCUCGACCUGAUGUUUGCGUGCGGCCUCAGCGUCUCGCUCGUGACGGCGCUCGACCGCAUCGUCAAGUCGAUCCCGCCGCUGAUGCGCGUCGUCCAGGACCGCCUGCUCGACAUGCUCUCGAUGACCCUCAUCAGCCAGCCCUACCGGCCGCUCGGCGCGCCGCUGCCGCUGCGAGGCGCCCGCGACGGCGCGGCGGCCGCCCAGACGUCCGAGGCCAAGGGCGUCGAGACGGUGACGGUGGCGCUCGAGACGCUGGGCAAGUUCGACUUCCAGGGCCACAUCCUCAACGAGUUUGUGCGCAACUGCACGCUGCCCUACCUCGAGGACGACCACGCCGCGGUGCGCAAGGCGGCCGCCGAGACCUGCGCCGACCUCUUCGUCAACGACCCGAUCUGCUACCAGACCAGCAUGCACGCCAUCGAGGUGGUCAACGACGUGCUCGACAAGCUCAUGACCGUCGGCAUCGCCGAUCCGGUGGCCGACCUGCGCUGGACGGUGCUCAACAAGUUUGGCACGCGCGAGCAGUUUGACCGCCACCUGGCCCAGUCCGAGUACGUCCGCUCGCUCUUUAUCGCGCUCAACGACGAGAGCUUCAAGGUGCGCGAGGUGGCCAUCGUCAUCAUCGGCCGGCUGGCCAAGCACAACCCGGCCUACGUGAUGCCGUCGCUGCGCAAGGCCCUCAUCCAGCUGCUGACCGAGCUCGAGUACUCGACCGUCAGCCGCAGCAAGGAGGAGGCGGCCAAGCUGCUGACCGAGGUGGUGCGCGCCUCGCAGCGCCUCGUCAAGUCGUACGCGCUGCCGAUGCUCGAGGUGCUGCUGCCCAAGGCGAGCGACGCCAGCGUCGGCGUGUCGGCGCGCGUCAUGGAGUGCCUCGGCGAGCUGGCCAAGGUAGGGGGUGAGGACCUGGCGCCCAACGUCGACCAGCUGAUGCGGCUCGCCAUCGACCAGCUGUCGUCGACGGCGCCGCACUCGUCGACGGCCAAGCGCGACGCCGCGCUCAAGACGCUCGGCCUGGUGGCGUCCAACACGGGCAACGUCGUCAACCCGUACCUCACCUACCGCAACCUGCUCGGCACCGUGGUCAAGAUCCUCAAGAACGAGCAGGUGCCCGCGGUGCGGCGCGAGACGAUCCGCGUCAUGGGCAUCCUCGGCGCGCUGGACCCGUACCGCUACAAGCUGCUCGAGAAGCAGGGCGACGAGGGCAGUGCCGAGGCGUCCAAAGGCAGCGGCACCGACCUCUUUGAGCUGGCGCUGGCCAUCGGCACCUCGACCGACGACUACUACCAGAACGUGGCCAUCGACGCCCUCAUCUCGAUCCUCAAGGACCCGUCGCUGUCGACGCACCACCACGCCGUCAUCGAGGCCAUCAUGUACAUGUUCAAGACGCAGGGGCUCAAGUGCGUCACCUUCCUGCCCCAGAUCAUCCCGGCCUUCCUCAACGUGAUCCGCACCUGCGGCACCGGCCUGUCCGAGUUCUACUACCAGCAGCUGGCCAUCCUCAUCUCGAUCAUCAAGCAGCACGUCCGCAGCUACCUCGAAGACAUCUUUGGCCUGGUCCAGGAGAACUGGAACCCCAACUCGAGCAUCCAGCUGACCAUCGUGUCGCUCGUCGAGGCCGUCGCCAAGGCGCUCGAGGGCGAGUUCAAGUCGUACCUGCCCGUCCUGCUGCCCAACAUGCUCCAGACGCUCGACGGCGAGAUCACGUCCAAGCGCCAGCCCACGCUGCUCCGCAUCCUCCACGCCUUCUACGUGUUCGGCUCCAACAUCGAAGAGUACCUCCACCUCGUCCUGCCCGUCAUUGUCAAGAUGUUUGAGCGCCCGGACGCCUCGACGACGCUGCGCAAGGCCGCCAUCGCCACCGUCGGCAACCUGUCGCGCAAGGUGAGCUUCUGCGACCACGCGUCGCGCGUCGUCCACCCGCUGGUGCGCGUGCUGCACAACAACGCCAGCGCCGACGUCCGCGGCGCCGUCAUGGACACGCUGGCGGCGCUGGUGCUGCAGCUCGGGUCGUCGUACGCCAUCUUUAUCCCCGUGGUCAACAAGGUGCUGGUGCAGUACCGGAUCCAGCACGCCACCUACGACCAGCUGAUCGCCAAGCUGCUCAGCGGCGAGCGGCUGCCGCAGGAGCUGGUGCCGCUCGACGGCUCGCUCGACAACAAGGCCGAGGAGGCGCCGCUGGCCGAGGCCACCAAGAUGACGGUCAACCAGCAGCACCUCAAGCAGGCCUGGGACACGUCCAAGGUGUCGACCAGCGAGGACUGGAAGGAGUGGCUGCGCCGGAUGGCCGUCGAGUUUAUGCGCGAGUCGCCGUCGCACGCCCUCCGCGCGUGCCGCAGCCUGGCCGACGUCUACCAGCCGCUCGGCUUCGCCAUGUUCAAUGCCGCCUUUGUCUCGUGCUGGACCGAGCUCUACGAGCAGUACCAGAGCGACCUGGUCAAGGCCAUCGAGACGGCCUUCGACGCGCCCGACGUGCCCGACCACAUCGUCCACAUGCUCCUCAACCUGGCCGAGUUCAUGGAGCACGACGACAAGGCGCUCCCCAUCAACAUCCGCACCCUGGGCGACCGCGCCUACAAGUUCCACUCGUACGCCAAGGCGCUCCACUACAAGGAGGCCGAGUUCCUCACCGACCCGUCGCCGCAGGUCAUCGAGUCGCUGAUCGACAUCAACACCAAGCUGCAGCAGUCAGACGCCGCGUUCGGGGCGCUCACCUACGCCCGCGAGCACCUCGACAUGACGCACCACGAGGAGUGGUACGAGAAGCUGCACCGCUGGGAGGAGGCGCUGUUCGCCUACGACCGCAAGGCCGAGCUCGACCCGGACGACUACGAGAUCGCCUUUGGACGCAUGCGCUGCCUCCACGCCCUCGGCGAGUGGGAGCACCUGUCGGACCUGGUGCAGCAAAAGUGGCACAACGCCGACCCCGAGGACCGCCGGCACAUUGCCCCGCUCGCCGCCGCCGCCGCGUGGUCGCUGGGCGAGUGGGAGACGAUGGACGAGUACAUCUCGGCGAUGCGCUCCGACUCGUCGGAGCGCUCCUUCUACCGCGCCAUCCUCCACACGCACCGCUCGCAGCGCUCGGCGGCCAACAAGCAGAUCGCAAAGGCGCGCGAGUCGCUCGACGGCGAGCUGACGGCGCUCAUCAGCGAGAGCUACGGCCGCGCCUACGACCUCAUGGUGCGCACCCAGAUGCUCUCGGAGCUCGAGGAGGCGCUGGCGUACAAGCUCGACUACAAGGACCAGCCCGACCGCCAGGCGACGAUCCGCUCGACGUGGAUGAAGCGGCUCAAGGGGUGCCAGCCCGAGGUCGAGGUGUGGCAGCGCAUCCUGUCGGUGCGCAGCAUCGUCCUCACGCCCGCCGACGACACCGAGACGUGGAUCAAGUUUGCCAACCUGUGCCGCAAGUCGGGCCGGAUGGUGCUGGCCGAGAAGACGCUCAACUCGCUGCUGGGCCCGGAGCUCAACGGCGUCGACGCCCGCUCGCCCAUCGGGCCCAAGGCGCCGCCGCCCGUCAUCUACGCCCACCUCAAGUUCAUGUGGGCCAGCGGCGUCAAGACCGAGUCGCUCACCUACCUGCGCGACUUCACCAUCAACCUGGCCGACGACCUGGGCAUCUACGCCGUCGACGACCAGGGAAACCAGGUGGUCCAGGACUGGCAGGCGUCUCCGCGGCUGGGCGAGUUUGCGCGCCUGCUGGCGCGGUGCUACUUCAAGCAGGGCGAGUGGCAGACGGCGCUCAACGAGGACUGGGUCACCGACGACGAGUGCGACGUCAUCGAGUCGUAUCGGCGCGCCACGGAGCUGGACCGCAACUGGUACAAGGCCUGGCACGCCUGGGCGCUGGCCAACUUUGAGAUCAUCACGCACCACGAGCGCAAGGGCGACCAGAUCACGCCGCAGAUGAUCGCCGCCAGCAUCGUGCCGUCGGUCCAGGGCUUCUUCCGCUCCAUUGCCCUCGCCAGCGGCAACUCGCUCCAGGACACGCUGCGCCUGCUGACGCUGUGGUUCAAGUACGGCUACCAGGAGGACGUGGCCGAGGCGGUCAACGAAGGCUUCAGCAGCGUCAUCGUCGACACCUGGCUCGAGGUGAUCCCGCAGAUCAUUGCCCGCAUCACGGCGCCCAGCCAAAAGGUGCGCCGCCUGAUCCACCACCUGCUCUCGGACGUCGGCCUGGCGCACCCGCAGGCGCUCGUCUACCCGCUGACGGUGGCCACCAAGUCGCCCAGCGUCAUCCGCAUCCAGACGGCCAUGGGCAUCAUGGACAACAUCCGCGAGCACAGCCCCGUGCUCGUCGAGCAGGCGCUGCUGAUCAGCAACGAGCUGAUCCGCGUCGCCAUCCUGUGGCACGAGCUGUGGCACGAGGGGCUCGAGGAGGCGUCGCGCCUCUAUUUCACCGAGCACAACAUCGACGCCAUGUUUGCCACGCUCGAGCCGCUGCACGACGCCCUGGAAAAGGGGCCCGAGACGCUGCGCGAGACGUCCUUUGCCCAGACCCACGGCCGCGACCUGGCCGAGGCGCGCGAGUGCGGCCGCCGCUACCGCCAGUACGGCGACCUGAGCGACCUCAACCAGGCGUGGGACCUCUACUACCACGUCUUCAAGAAGAUCACCAAGCAGAUCCCCGCGUCGAACUCGGUGCAGCUCGACCUGCAGUACGUGUCGCCCAAGCUGCUGGCGAUGCGCGACCUGGAGCUGGCGGUGCCGGGCACCUACCAGAGCGGCAAGCCGAUCGUGCGCAUCAUGAACUUUGAGCAGAUUGUGCUCGUCAUCGCGUCCAAGCAGCACCCGCGCCGGCUCAAGAUGAAGGGCAGCGACGGCAAGGCGUACCAGUACCUGCUCAAGGGCCACGAGGACCUGCGGCAGGACGAGCGGGUGAUGCAGCUCUUUGGGCUGGUCAACACGCUGCUGUCGACCGACUCGGAGUCGUACAAGCGGCGGCUCGAGAUCCGGCGGUUCCCCGUCAUCCCGCUGUCGCCCAACACGGGCAUGCUGGGCUGGGUCGAGGACACCGACACGCUCCACGUGCUCAUCAAGGAGUACCGCGAGCAGCACAAGAUCCUGCUCAACAUCGAGCACCGGCUGAUGCUGCAGAUGGCGCCCGACUACGACCACCUGACGCUGAUGCAGAAGGUCGAAGUGUUUGAGUACGCGCUCGACAACACGCCGGGCCAGGACCUGUACCGCGUGCUGUGGCUCAAGUCGCGCAACUCGGAGUCGUGGCUCGAGCGCCGGCUGGCCUACACGCGCUCGCUGGCCGUGUCGUCGGUGGCGGGCUACAUCCUCGGGCUGGGAGACCGGCACCCGUCCAACCUGCUGCUGGACCGGCUGACGGGCCAAAUCAUCCACAUCGACUUUGGCGACUGCUUCGAGAUUGCGUGCCACCGGCCCAAGUUUCCCGAAAAGGUGCCGUUCCGCCUGACGCGGAUGCUCGUCAACGCCAUGGAGGUGGGUGGGAUCAAGGGGACGUUCAAGGUGACGGCCGAGAAUACGAUGCGCGUGCUGCGCGACAACCGCGAGAGCGUGCUGGCGCUCCUCGAGGCAUUUGUGCACGAUCCGCUCAUCAGCUGGCGCCUGGUCACCGACGAUGCCAGCGAGCGCCAGGCACCCGAUGCCAGCGAAAACGAGGCGGCGGCGGGACACCGUACCAACCAGGUUGGCGAUGUGCGCAACCAGAAGGCGCUCGAGGUGGUACGCCGCAUCCAGAACAAGCUCAACGGCCGCGACUUCAACCCCAACGUCUCGCUCAGCGUCGCCGCCCAGAUCGAGAGACUGGUUCAGGACGCCACGUCCAAGGAGAACCUCUGCGUCGCUUUCGUCGGAUGGUGCUCGUUCUGGUAG